AUGCACCUCUGCAGCCUGUCCGUGUUUCUCCUGAAGCUGAUGUUCCUGUAUGCAAUGACGGGGAAAAACUGCACGGGUGAUUCCUGGAUAUCCCGGGAUUCUUUCCUGUCUGAAGCUGUUGGUGGCCGGUGUCUGGGUGCUAACACGGUGCUCGUCCCCCCGGCAGUGCUGUGCAAGCAGAGCCAGGACAUGGAGGCCCCCGCGCAGAUCCAGCCACUGCCACAGCCGACGCUGCCGCCGGCUGCGCCGAUCCCGGCCCCUCAGGGAACUCCCUCCGUGGAGGAACUCAUCCAGCAGAGCCAGUGGAACCUCCAGCAGCAGGAGCAGCACCUCCUCGCCAUGCGGCAGGAGCAAGUUACAUCAGCAGUAGCCCUUGCAAUUGAACAACAAAUGCAGAAAGUUUUAGAGGAAACCCAGUUAGAUAUGAAUGAGUUUGACAACUUGUUGCAGCCAAUAAUUGACACGUGCACAAAAGACGCAAUCUCGGCUGGCAAAAACUGGAUGUUUAGUAAUGCAAAGUCUCCUGCCCAUUGUGAGCUGAUGGCUGGGCACCUGCGGAAUCGCAUAACGGCCGAAGGAGCCCACUUCGAGCUCCGGCUGCAUUUGAUCUACUUGAUCAAUGAUGUACUGCAUCACUGCCAGCGGAAGCAGGCACGAGACCUUCUGGCUGCUUUGCAGAAGGUGGUUGUGCCCAUCUAUUGUACCAGUUUCCUAGCAGUGGAGGAGGAUAAGCAACAGAAAAUCGCCAGACUUCUCCAGCUGUGGGAGAAAAAUGGGUACUUUGAUGAAUCAAUUAUUCAGCAGUUACAGAGCCCGGCUCUUGGACUUGGCCAGUACCAGGCAAAUUUGAUCACAGAGUAUGCAACGGUAGUACAGCCUGUACAGGUAGCCUUUCAGCAGCAGAUACAGAACUUGAAGACUCAGCAUGAAGAAUUUGUGAACAGUUUAACACAGCAGCAGCAGCAGCAGCAGCAACUACAAAUGCCCCCGCUAGAGAAUGAGGUGAAAUCAACCCCGCCACCACAGGCCCCCACAUCAGCACCAAACACCGCUCCGCCGUCUGUUCCAGUUACGCAAGCAGAUGAUGGUAAAUCUCAGAUGCCGCUGUCUGGUUCUACAGAAUAUGACACUACAGGGUCUGGAGUGCAGGAUCCUGCCUCAGGAGGACCGCGUGGCCCCGGGUCUCAUGAUCAGAUUCCGCCAAAUAAACCACCCUGGUUUGACCAGCCUCACCCUGUUGCACCCUGGGGUCAACAACAGGGACCUCCUCAUUGUCCUCCGUGGAAUAACAACCAUGAAGGAAUGUGGAAUGAACAGAGAGAUCAAGGUUGGAAUAACCAGCGAGAGACACCUUGGAACAACCAGCCAGAUCCUUCUUGGAACAACCAGUUUGAAGCACCAUGGAACAACCAGCACGAACAACCUCCAUGGGGUGGGGGUCAAAGGGAACCUCCAUUUCGAAUGCAGCGGCCACCUCACUUCAGAGGCCCAUUUCCUCCACAUCAGCAACAUCCCCAAUUCAACCAGCCCCCGCAUCCGCAUAAUUUCAACCGCUUCCCACCUCGCUUCAUGCAGGAUGAUUUUCCACCUCGCCAUCCCUUUGAAAGGCCUCCUUAUCCUCAUCGUUUUGAUUACCCCCAGGGGGAUUUUCCUCAAGAAAUGGGCCCUCCUCAUCAUCACCCUGGUCACAGACUGCCUCAUCCCGGGAUCAGCGAGCACCCUCCGUGGGGAGGGCCGCAGCACCCCGACUUCGGGCCUCCGCCGCACGGCUUCAAUAACGGGCAGCCUCCUCACAUGCGGCGACAAGGGCCCCCGCACAUGAACCACGAUGAUCCCAGUCUGGUGCCAAAUGUUCCCUACUUUGACCUUCCCGCCGGACUUAUGGCUCCACUUGUGAAACUUGAAGAUCAUGAGUAUAAACCUUUAGAUCCUAAAGAUAUACGUCUUCCACCCCCAAUGCCCCCCAGUGAGAGACUCCUGGCUGCGGUUGAGGCAUUUUAUAGUCCACCAUCUCAUGACAGGCCUAGAAACAGUGAAGGCUGGGAGCAGAAUGGACUGUACGAAUUCUUCAGAGCUAAAAUGAGAGCGAGGCGGAGGAAAGGUCAGGAGAAGAGAAAUAGUGGGCCUUCUCGGUCUCGCAGUCGCUCGAAAAGCCGAGGUCGAUCGUCCUCCCGGUCCAAUUCCCGCUCUUCAAAAUCAUCUGGCUCCUACUCGAGGUCCCGAUCUCGCUCUUGCUCUCGGUCCCGCUCCUAUUCACGGUCUCAGUCCAGGAGCAGGAGCAGGUCCCGCUCUUCUCACAGCCGUUCGCGCUCACGGUCGAGGUCGCGAUCGAAGUCCUACUCCCCAGGAAGGCGACGCCGGUCGCGGUCUCGCAGUCCCACUCCUCCUUCUUCUGCUGGCUUGGGGUCCAGUUCUGGGCCUCCUAUACCAGAAUCAAGACUUGGAGAAGAGAAUAAAGGCCAUCAAAUGCUAGUGAAAAUGGGAUGGAGUGGAUCUGGUGGAUUGGGAGCCAAGGAACAAGGGAUUCAGGACCCAAUUAAAGGAGGAGAUAUCCGAGACAAAUGGGAUCAAUAUAAAGGAGUGGGAGUUGCAUUAGAUGACCCUUACGAAAACUAUCGAAGAAAUAAAAGCUACUCAUUUAUUGCACGCAUGAAGGCCAGAGAUGAAUGUAAGUGAAUGUUACUGAGCAAUUU